AUGAACCGAGCAGCAGAUCCACGAGCGGAAGAGACCAGCUGCAGAUGCCAAAUCCAUGAGCGCUCAUUGCUGGGACUGCUUCUGGAGUUCUGGGACGACAACCAACGAAAAACCAGAAGGUGCCACAGCCGGAAACAUGGCGAGGCGCUCCUUUUUCCCCAGAACCCAGACCCAACACGUACCGCUGCCGGUGACGAUCUGCUCAAAGUGCCGGUGUCCCCAUGGGUGCUCCAUGCUCCAGGUUCCGUCGUGCAGGGGCAAGCAAGGGACGACACCGCAGCCCCAAACGCAGCUGCUCGCCACUCGCCGCGGGGAUGCUCGUCGGAGGUGCCGGGAGCUCACCUCAUGAAUGGCGGAGUCGCCAGAGCAUGA